GCGCGGUCCUCACUUAAUAAAACCAUUUGUCCUUUCUGCUGUGAGCAACAAUGUGAUUCUGUUUUUAGCAACCCUUCCAAGUUACCAUCAUGACUCUGUUUUUGAUUUCUUUCCAUUUUUAAAACUUUUCAAACACACUGGAAACUGGCUCUUACCUUAUCUGUCCCUCCUCACCCUUCUGUUUCAAAUUUAUUGCUUUCACUCUGUGAUCAAACCCAGGAAGGAAAAAAAUGAAUGCUUUGAGCUCCCUCUGCAUUUUUCGAUCUGACCCAUUAGUCUUAAAUGACAUUCUGGUUAUAAAGUCUCCGAAGAAAUCGCCUUUGUUGUUAAGGAUGUCGGUGCUGAUCUUUUCGAUGGUAUGCGGUGUUUUUAUCUGUUCCGUGUGUCUAAAGCAGAUAAGCACCCAUGCUAGGACUAUGCUUAUGGAGUUGCAAAGUGAGAAGCCUUCGCGGAAUCGAUUUGGCCUAACAGAUGUUCCUUUGUUGCAUUACCCCAAUCCCGUGUCUUUCAACAGGAGUGAGUGUGCUGGGAAUCCUGUGCGGUUCUUUGCUAUUUUGUCAAAUCAGAGAUCAGGCAGUGGGUGGUUUGAGACCCUUUUGAAUAGCCAUAUUAAUGUGAGCUCCAAUGGGGAGAUUUUUUCUGUUAGAGAAAGAAGAGUAAAUGUUUCUACCAUUGUGCAGACUUUGGAUAAAGUUUACAACUUGGAUUGGUUCAGUAGUGCUUCCAAGAAUGAGUGCUCAGCUGCAAUUGGAUUGAAGUGGAUGCUUAAUCAGGGAUUAAUGGAGCACCCGAAGGAAAUAGCAGAUUAUUUUAAUCGUAGAGGUGUUUCUAUCAUAUUUCUUUUUCGAAGAAACUUAUUGCGCAGAAUGGUAUCAGUGCUUGCCAACUCCUAUGACCGAUAUGCUAAACUUUUGAAUGGAGCUCAUAAAUCUCAUGUACAUUCCACAGAAGAGGCGGAUACUCUUUCAAAGUACAAGCCUAUCAUUAAUUCUACAUCAUUACUGGUUGAUUUGAAGGAUAUGGAGAAGAGAAUGGCAAAGGCUUUAGAAUACUUCAGCAUCAAUAGGCAUAUGAUCCUGUACUAUGAAGAUUUAAUUAGAAAUCGUACUAAGCUGAAAGACGUUCAAGAUUUUUUAGGAUUGCCACAGAUGGAAUUAAGAAGCCGUCAGAUUAAGAUACACAGAGGACCAUUGUCAGAUCACAUUAAAAAUUGGGAUGAUGUGAACAAGACACUACAUGGAACUGCUUAUGAGUGUUUCCUCCAAACUGAUUAUUCAUCGUAACCUCCUCUAACUCUUGGAAAGGUGUAAAUAUCAACACUAUUUUUUCCCAGGAAACAGUUUAAAGUUUUGUUACUGGUUGGUUUCAGUGAGAAAACUGUCUCCACCUUCUCAUUUUUCCAUUCCUUUGUAAUCUUAUCUUACUUCUGAGCAUUUUUUAAUUACUUUGUACACGCCCAACUAAAUUAUGAGCAAAGAUGACCAUGAGUUUUAUUCAACAUGUAAGCUGCACUUCAAAGUUUGAGGUAAUCGAUAUGGCACAGAUCAAUGUCUUCGAAAUGAGGUAGCUUCAGAUAAAACAAACCCUUGAAAACACAUUAGGACAUUAAAUUUCGUGGUCUUGUAUUCGUUGGUGUUAAGGUGGUUUCUCUUUAAAGUCAUGGUUAAUGGAUGGAAGAUUAGAAAUGUGUGUUGGCAGGCACACCAUAAAUUUGAGCUUACUAAUGAAUAGGUUUCACUGAUCAAUGGCCCCACACAACACCAUCAACCUUACAACAACCUGUAAUAAUAGGAGACAUGUGGUGAUAAGAUUCCACAGAUUACCUCCAUCAACGGCAACUGCUUCCUGUAAAAAAAUAUUCAUUUUAUAAUUUGGCUUUUUGAAACAGCUUUUUAACAAGUCAACUAUGUUCUAAACAUGAAAGAUGUUUUCACCCAUCAUUUACAGCUUAUGAUCUUGGCCCUUUUUUAUUUUUUUUUAGUACGUCUGUGAAAUUUUAUACAGAAUGUGUAAUAUCGAGCUCCUUUUAGUAUUUUUUUUUUUAGAUAUUUUCUUCCUUGACUUAGGAAGCAAACUUAAAAAACUGACAGCGUUUUUGUAGUCUCUUGCAAAGGAAUUUCA